AUGUUCCUCCCAUCUAAAUCCCUUUGGAGGGCUGGACCGCUGUCAGUCGUACACGUUCGACAACCUAGAACACUAUUGUACCAACAGUUUCAACAACUUCAACAACAGUCACGAGGCAAGUCUACAAUUCAACGUGGAAAACGCAUACAUAUUGUUGGUGCAAUUAAUUUACAGACGCUCAUUGCCAAUGCUCUCGCUCAAUCUGCAAAUACCAAAAAAAAUCCAAUAACUUUGAUGAUGUCCGAUAAUAGUCAUCUUCAGCAUUAUGUGGACCACAAGGGCGAGCUUAAAAUCAUCUCAGAUGGCGUUGCUAUCACUAUGAUAGGAGCUGUCGACAUAGAAGUUCUCCCUUUUCCAAUGGAAAGCUCUGUUCCUGAUUCAACAUAUCAUCCUACCAAAAUCUUGAAGUUCCAACGGCUAUUGCUGAAUACUGGUCCGGAUGGAGACGAUUCUUCAGUCGAUGAUCUCCCCUCGCUACCUGGAAAUGGACUCAUCCUUGGCGCGAAGAAGGAGCCGAUCAAAAUGGUACGACUGCCAAUCUCAGAUAUCAAAGUUUAUGAUCUAUCAUAUUUUGUCGAGUUGAACACAGCAUUAUGUGGCCCAGUAGUGGCAAACAUGGAUGUGGUUACAGAAGUCCGAGAAGAUAUCCGAGAAGCGCCUAGAGAGUCAGAUAUAAAGGCUGUGCCCGUGGACUACUUGGACAAAAUCAACACCGAACCUAUUGAUCAUUUGAUCUACGUCGAACGAUCUAGGAAUCUGAUUGACUUUUUUAGAAAUAUCAGACACAGACUCCACCCCGCUUCUUCAGUGAUGAUAAUUGGAAACAAUCCUGGCAUGGUGGAAGAUCUUUACGACCAAGUAUUCACCAAUGUUUCCACCCGACCAAAUUUCUUCGAAUGUACCAAUGGAAUGUUUAUGGGCGAAACGUCUUUGGAUGGAUUUUGGGAUUCGCCCCGCUCCGUUGGAUUACUCAGAGCACAACUCUCGGUGGGGCCACUUACACGAACUGAUGAUGAUGGUCAAACUCCAGGUCAGGUGGCGAAGAGAGAGAAAGAAAUUAAGUAUCUUGUUAAAAGGGUGGUGGACGCAUCUACACUUAACGCGGUGGAGAUUUCCAGGGAUAUAUUAGAAAGAUAUAAACUCAAGAAACUGGUUGCCCGAUCUGUCAUAUAUCCUCUCACGGUUGCGUUCAAUUGUAUGAUGGGUGAAAUAAUCUCAACCGAAGAACGAGUUGCAGACGCCAGACUCUUAUUUGAGGAAGCUUGUUCAGUUGUGAAAAGAAUCGACCAAACAUUAAACCAUCAGAUUCUGGUGGAAAACUUAUUAUGGCAAAUAGUCAGAUCACCAAACACACAUCCUAUUAUGUGGAAGUGUGUCCAGCUAGGUUGGGACACGAACAUUGACGUGGACAACGGUUGGAUUAUAAAGUAUGGAAAGGGCGAGACUCCCACGCAUGUCAAGUACGCCAAAAUUGUCAAGGACAUGGCAAGUAAAUCGGCAAUGGCUAUUGCAGCUGAGAGAGAAGAGACAGCGAAAGCGAACGCGCGAUUUAAAGCAGCACAAGAGAAAGCCGCAAGUAGACAUGAGGCUAUAGAGAAGAGACUCGAAUAUCUAGAUACCAGGGAUAUUAUCGGACCAGCUUUUAAAAGGUUGUCCCUUGGGACAAAGGUCGAAGCUCCAUUGUUUGACCCAGCUAGUACAUACUAUAAAAGCAGACAUCCUACAGUGGCUUCGAGCCAUUGGGAAACGUCAGAAGCUUCCCGUAACAAUGGGCUGAGAGAAAAUGAGGGCAAUCCGUCUAGCCAUAUUAAGAGAAGUGGAAAUGAUGAUGUCAAGAAAGCUAGUGAGUUGGUUGUAGACGAGAAGAAAAGCGGAGGUGGUGCGGACGAAGCACAAGCAUAG